AUGUUAUCAGUUCGCAGGUUUUCUAUGUACGUAUUAAGAUCCUUACGGCUACAUCUCAAGAAAAUCGUUGUUACACUUCUAGCCGUCCAACUGUUGUUCAUUACUACUUAUGUGCUGAAUGGCCAUUCGUUGAUUAUGGACGGCAGCUGGAGAUCAUUUACCGCACCUUUUUUACAGCCGCUUACACCUACCACCAAAAACCAUACAUAUCCUGUAUUUGAUUUGAAAUCAACGGACAGUAUAACCAAACUAUACGAAAAAAUGAACUUCGACACUUCAGGAGAAUGGAUCGAUACAUACACCCUGAAGAACGAUCUCCUCACUAUGAAAAUGGGCCCUGACAAAGGGCGGGUUUUGGACUCGGUGGACGAUUUGAGGUACUAUAAUAACGAUCCGAGGUUAAUAUGGUCUGUUGUCCUAGACCACUUGCUAGCAUCCGACUCUAAUGAAUACGAUUUUUCGUGGUAUGAUUGGGCCAGCUUUGAAUCGUUGAACAAACUCAUCGCUUUGAAGGAUACAAACGUCUCUUGCCAAUUUGUUUGCGAAAACGCUUUCGAUAAGGACGUACUAGAAAGGGUGGAGAAGGAAAUCCAAGAACCCUUAUUUAUCACUAAUAGGAAUAAAUAUGACGAAGAAGUUUGGUAUAAUAGGGAAAGAAAGAUGCUGAACUCUAAUUCGGUAACGCAAAUUGUGCACGACCACUGUAAAGACAAUGACGCAUACUAUAAGGGUGCUCCUUUCGAGCUUCCCUUCAUUAUCAGUGAAUUAUAUGGGAAAAUGAGGCCAGAAGUUUAUGACUUGCAUGCCAAGAAUCACUUAUUAUAUUUCGGUGCCACACCGUUGUCGCUGACUGUUUUAGAUAGUGAUAAAGAAGCGUACAGAAUUAAUUUAAAGGAAAGUGAUUCAUCCCAAUCCAAUAUUGUACAAUCCAAAAUGUUGCAAGGCUACAUUCAAAGGCACACUAAUGAAAUGCAAAACGGCGAUCUUCUUUUCAAUCACACCUUAACUUUUGAGAAAUUCUUGCACCACAAAUCGACUGAAAAACGGAAACUUGACAUCGAAGGUUUAGAUAAAACAAUAUUUUCUAAGGAAUAUCUAGACCUAUCUCCAUCUGAUUUUCACUUCGAUGCCAAGACAAAAAUCGGUGAAUUGGAGGCCAAGCUAAGAUCCGAAGGUCUGUCGUUGCACGAUACCCGGUAUUUACAAAGUUUAAAAACGUCUAUUAGGACAGCUCCUGCAUUGCAGGGAAAGUAUUUUGCAGAGGCAAGCGAGGUGGCUGAUGCAAGUGCUGAUGGGCAUCAUAGAGACAAAAGGUUUCUGUCCCUUGGAUAUAAUCUCCUGAACGAUCCUCAGGAGUUUGAAGCUAGAUUGAGCUCCAUGAUAAGAACUUUCCAAAAGUUUACCAAGGCUAAUGGGUUGAUUUCUUGGUUGUCACAUGGUACUUUGUAUGGGUACUUGUACAAUGGAUUAAAAUUCCCCUGGGAUGUCGAUCACGAUUUGCAAAUGCCCAUUAAGCAUUUACACUAUUUAAGUCAAUAUUUCAAUCAGUCCUUAAUAUUGGAGGAUCCAAGAGAAGGUAACGGAAGAUAUUUGCUAGAUGUAGGAAGUUCCAUUACUGUGAGAACUCACGGAAAUGGCGAAAACAAUAUCGAUGCCCGUUUCAUCGAUAUUGACUCAGGUAUAUAUAUUGAUAUCACAGGGCUGAGUGUUAGUUCUGAUGCGGCUAGGAAAUACAUGGCCAAGUUUGUUGAAGAAGAGGAGAGUUCAGACAAGGACUUCUCCACUCUCAUCGAAGACUACAACUUUGAUGAAAACGAGAAAUUUGAUGAAGUUGAUGACUGUGAAGACUUUGCCAAAUACACCGUAUAUGAACUAAGAGAAUGGGUCAACUCUCAUCCAGACGAUUUUGACAAAUCAGAAAAGGACCUAGUGACCAAAGCAUACAAAAAAGAACUUGUAAUGUCGAAAAGCGAUUCUCCUGAAAGAGACUUAACUCCAAAGCAAAGGUACUUGCUGAAUAAAAAAUAUAAUCUCUUUAAUUGUAGGAAUAAACACUUUUCCAGUCUAAGCAUCUUAUCGCCCUUACGGAAUACAAUGUUCAAUGGUGUGCCAGCGUUUAUUCCCAAUAAACCUAUAACGGCGUUGAACAACGAGUAUGUGGUUCCACCGAGAUACGGGUUUUUGACGUUUCAAGGGAAAGUGUAUCUACCUGAACUGAGAUACUGGUUUUUGUUUCCAGAUGUAAAAAAAUUUGCAAAUUUACAAUCGAGAGAACCCAAGAUAACACGGUUGGAAAAUCCCCUAAAUGAUUUAAAAUUCAGUGAUAUAAACCUGCUAUUAACAAAUAUCAUAAAGUGUGAUUUCCACUCCGUAUUUGCCAGUCUGUUCAAUUCUCUCAAUAGCACUGUCUACCGACUUAAAGAGCUAGAAAUACAAUAUGAUCCUGACUUGAGUGAAGAAGAAAAAAGAAGUCUAUUAAAGACCUUAAGGAAUGGUGGAUUGUCGAAGAACAUGAAGUCUCCUGAGAAAGACCCAAUAAUAUAUAUCCAUGAAAGAAAACUAUGGGGAAAAGUGAAAAAAAUACUGAAUGCUGCAAAUAUUUAUAAUAUUGCUUCCCAGGUUGAAAAUAAAAAAAUUGAAGAGUUCGUUAAAGUAUCUAAAGACCUAUUUGAAAGAAACCUUGAAGAGUUCAAUAUUCUCGAUAGUGACAAUGGUAAAACGGUAAUUGACUUGAAUUCCAAAGGCUUGAACCUUUUCGGUGAUAAUAAGAAAACCUCAAAUGUGAUAUUUGGUUCUGACGAAAAAUAUUAA